AUGCUGCAUCAGGCAACCCUGAUUUCUGCCCUGCUGCUGUCAGCGACAUGUUCAAUCAUACACCAAGCGUAUCUACCCACCAUACUGUUUCGGAUCCCACAAGAAAACGUCAACUACAACUUUGCAUACGAAGUGAACGAUCGCACGACCGGAGACAUAAAGAGUCAGAGCGAAGCCAGACGAGGAGACACGGUCCUCGGACAAUACUCUCUACUCCAACCUGAUGGUGUGACCAGAACCGUAGAGUACAAAGCCGAUGAUCGUGAAGGAUUCAAAGCAACAGUCAGCAACGACGGCACUCCAGUCUGCAGCGAAUGUCAAAAUGACAGACGUCAAGAGAACAUGAGCAAUGAUGCAGCAAAACCCAAUGUAGAUGAAAGAAUGAAUGAACAAGUCCAAAAUGAACGUCCCCGAGGAUCUUCCACUCAAAGUAUCGAAGCUGACCAAUCAGAUCGAAGAAACCCUGUUCAAGAGCCAAUGUCAACAAUGCCCCAAACCAUUCUACCACCAUCAAGAAGCGUAGUCAUUCAAAGCGUGCCAAAUCUACAAGAACCGCGAGUUUUAUCUGUCCUUCACAACUAA